UCACCUUAUAUAAAGACCACCGCGAGUUUCCAAAAAUCACAUUCACUAUACUAAGCCGAACAAUGGUUAACAUGAGCUAUCACCAAUCUCAACUAAAAUACAUACAUACUCCGAAUCCAAGACAGUCAAGAAAGCGAAAUAAUAAAAGAAAAAGGACUUGUUGGGACAAAUUAUCACCAACAACCAAUUGCCAGACUUGAUUAUAAGAGACUUUCAAAAGUCCAGGUCCAGUGUGUACCAGCGUGUGGCUGUGGAAGACUAUCUGUGCGACUGAGUGACAGAGAGAUGACUGCCGAGUGGCUUCACCUGCCCCCUCCGUACCCCCCUGGUGUGGGACCGCUGUGUGGUGCAGAGUUGGAGGCGUGGUAUGAGGACCUGCAGGAUAUACUGGGAUCAGACACGGGCGGGGCCAAGAUGACUCGCGCCCCUCCCUGCUCAGAGAAAGAGACGGAGUUCCUGGAUGUCCUGGAGAGCUGUUCCCUGACAUGGUUGACGGACGGGGUGGGGGUGGGGGUCGGAGGGCAGGCGUGGGGCGGAGGAGAGGGUGUCCAGAGGGUCAUGAUUCCAGAGGAGCCUCCUACCCAUCCGCCCCCCUCCUCCAACUCCUUGUGUCUGAGUCCAGCCGAGGAGAGGACGGAGAGGCCUGGGGACGGAGAUGGAGGGAGGGAUGGAGAGGGAGGGUCGGGAGGAGUGGACCUGUUACCCCCAGAGUUCUUUGAGCUGCUGAGUGAGGGAGGGGUGGGCAUGGUGGACGGUAGCUACCAUCAUCAUCAUCACUCCAACAACGUCCAACAGCCUGCGUCUCCCUCCACUAGCGAGGAGGAGGAACAACCAUGUGUCCCCGACUCUCCCUCCUAUUCCUCCUCCGCCGCCUCUCCUUCCCCCUCUCUCAACUGCUCUCCUCCUUCCUCCCCCGUCUCCUCUCCUACUAGCACCGCUUCCUCAUUGUCUCGGCCGGGCAAACGCAAGAGAGGCAACUCUCUGUCCUUCCCUUCCUCAGGUUCGCACUCGUCCUCCUCUUCCUCUUCUGCGAAGAAGAGCAGGAGAGAGCGGGAGCAGGAGAAUGAGAGGAAGGUGCAGGAGCUGACGGAUCAGAACGAGAGGUUGAAAGCGGAGAUCGACAGACUGGGAGAGGAGGUGCAGAGGACACGCAGAGCCCUGAUAGAGAGACUAGUUAACACCAAGAAGUGAAGGAAGAAAAGAAAAGAGGAGAGAGGGAUGAGAGGUAGAGGGAUGAAGGAAGUAACAAGGCAGAACAUAAACAUUUGGAUUAGCCGGUUCGCGGUGAAGGGUGAACAUUGGGGUGACUAUGAAAUGCAUUUCUAGACGAGAGUUAGAAAGAAACAAAAAGAUACGUACGUGUUUCGAGAAGAAACUUAAAUGAUCAUUUUCUUCAAAACUAUGAGAGAGGAAGAAGGAAAGUUAGAAAGAAAGAAAGAUGAAAGAGCAAGUCAAAGGAAAACCAUGGAGAGAAGGAACUGCAGCAUUGCGGCAAAUGUAGAGAGAGAGAGAGAGAGAGAUAGACAGCAUGUAAAGGAAAUGGAGGAAACGGUUGAAAUGGCAGGUGGAUCAUGCAAUGCCUUUGUUGACACGUUACUGUGUACUGUAUGUAUGUAGAGCUGGAUGGCAGGAAGCAUCUUUGAACUAGAUAGGUAGCAGUUAGCGCCCAUCACAAGCAUUGUAUGAUUGUGUAGCUCAUUCAGUCUACUGAAGUGUUCAGUUUGAAGUAGGGAUGAGUUAGAUUCAAUGAAUUGAUUGAGGGCAUCGAUUCCAAAAUAAAGGAAUUGAUCGGAAGCAUUGCAUGGGUCUUGUUCAUUAGGCAUCAAAUGGAAAGAGAAGGUGGGACUACCUGGACUCAUCCAAUAAGAAAUGCUGAUAGAGGUUUUCUGUUGCAAAACGCCAGCAUGCCAUGAUGAACACGAUCCUGAUUAUGUCAUUUUUCGCUUAUCCAACCUAAUGAAGUGUUCAGUAUGAAGUAGGGAUGAUGAGUUAGAUUCAAUUGAUUGAUUGAGGGAACCCGCGUCGAUUCCAAAAUUAAGGAAUUGAUUGGAAGCAUCUAUCUAUGAAAAUUGUUAACCAACACCCAUCACAAGCAUUGCAUGGGUCGUGUUCAUUAGGCACCAAACGGAAGACCAACUUGGGCUUGUUCAUCAACAAACGCUCAAUUACAUUUUCCGUUGCAUGCCAUAAUGAAUGUGACUGAUUGGGCGUGGUUUAGCUCAUUCAAUGAAGGGAUUUGUAUGAAAUAGGGAUACGUUUGACUAUAGAAUUGACUAAUCACAUAAAGGUGAUAUUUACCAUUGCUAGGAGUUUUAUUGACUAAUCUGCCCUAGCAACCAUCAAUGAAUAGAUUCUGAAAAACUUAGUUGGACUCAUCACUAGUAUGUAGGUAGUGUGUGGAACGGAAACGCGGAGAAUGCAUUUCAUUGUCACCCCGUCCUUUAUCUAGCCUGGUUAAAUCAGACUAAAUGCUGUGCGUUUCCCAAUGAAACGUAGCUAAAUCAAUUUGGCUCCCAGGCUAUCCCUUAUCUGCCAACCUCUAAACUCUAAGAUUAAUCCUAAGGGCUGAACAGAGGCCAGCAGAGAUAAUAUUUCUUGCCCAGUUUAUGAGGAAAUAUGGAGCUCAGGAAAGUUUGUCAGUACUCAGUGCAGUGUGAGUAUGUGAGAAUGAUGAUUGGUAGUUUUUCAAUUUCUACUUUCGUAUAACCCACUGUAACUUUAGUGUGUAUGGAUAGUUUUACACCUAGGACCCAGUUAUUCUUCUUUCUAUGCUGACCUUUUUCUAUCAAAUUGACUGAAUUUGGAGGUAGUAAUAUUUACAAUGUAGAUCUACCCUGAUUCACCUAUAUAUUUAAUAUAACCCUGUAUUAUACCUAGUUAUACUGUAAUAUAUACACCCUUUACUGUAUCCAUAUUCAUUUGUCAUUUUGUUAUAAAAAUAUGUAUCAAUUAGUGGUUGAAUUAGUUUAUUUCUGUUAUUAACAUUGUAUUGUUUUUACUUUAUUGUAUGCUCACAUUUGCUAAUAAAUCCUUAAAACAA